CGUGAGUGUGAGACACCCCUCUUACAUAUAAUGCGGUGAACUCAGUUUCAGAUCUGCAGUCAUAGGGUGUGGACGCUUUUGAAGACAACUAUAUUCAUUUUGGUUUGGGUUACAAUGUCUGCUGCAAAAAGAAAAAAAAUUCUGACUGUCAAUGAAGCCUUAGAUCUUUUAGAAGAAAUGGAUGAUGUCAAAGACUUGUACAUCGAGCCCCCAGAUGUAAGCAACCUGACUGAUGAAGAUUCUGGUCCCGAGGAUGAAGGCACCGUCUUUCACCCAGAAAGCCUAUCCGGAAACCAAUUAUUAGCCCCUGCUGAAUUCCGAGCUUCUCGUCGUGAAGAAGAUGAAGAAGAAGAGGAAGAUGAAGAAUCUCUUGUAGAACAGAAUGAAACAAGAAAGAAACCUACAAGGAAGAAGCGUAAAGUGUCAGAGACUUCUGCAAAGAUAAAGUGGGGAAGAAUAAGGGAACAGCGGCUCAAGCAGGUUUUUUCCCUGAAGUAAAUUGCAGUAAGUAUAGAGACUUUAACUUUGUAGAACUUUUUGAGCUCUUCUUUGACGAAGAAAUCCUUGCACACAUGAAAGAACAAGUGACAAAAUACUGUUUGAUGAAAAAUUGGCCUGAUAUAUGUGUAUCCAUAAAUGAACUAAAGGUUUUUCUGGCCAUUUUGAUAGUUUCUGGCUACAACUCAUUGCCUAGCCAAUCUAUGUAUUGGUCAUAUGACCCUGAUCUACACAACAAAGCUAUAUGUGAUGCAAUGCGUCGGGACAGAUUUGAUUCCAUCAAGAAAUGCCUUCAUUUCAACGCCAGUACCGAUCAAGACAAAAAUGAUAAAUACACCAAACUACGCCCUCUGAUCACUCAUCUCCAAGAGAAAUUUAUGGAACACUUCAUCCCUUCACAGUGUAUAUCACAUGAUGAGGCAAUGGUGAAAUAUUUUGGGAAACAUGGGUGUAAACAGUCCAUUCGCAACAAACCUAUUCGUUUUGGCUAUAAAAUAUGGUGCCAAAACACUACCUCUGGCUACCUGCUUGCCUUUGAUCCAUACCAAGGCAAGACUUACA